AUGUCUGAUAAUGAUAAAUCAAAUUUCAUUGAGACAACAGGGUAUUGUAGUAUAAAAGUUUUAGAACCAAACUUUGUGACUAUUUUAUUUUAUAUUUUGAUUGUCUCAUUAAUAGGAAUAGCUAGUUUAAGAGCUCCAGAAGUUAUAUAUUUAUAAGUUUUUAUUUAUAAUAGGAGGUAUAGUAAAACGUCCCUUUUUAUAAGCUAUUUUGAAUUUUGAUUCAAUUAUUGCAGGAGAUAUUACUGCCUGUAUAAUGAUAAGUGCACAAAUAGUAAAUAUGGUGUUCAUAUUUCUAUAAAAUUAUUAUUGCAGAUUAUGAAAAUAGUAUACCAGAACGACCAAUUAUUAAUUAUGAUAUAGCUAUUAUAUAUACCUUAGCUAUUCCAAUAAGUUUGUGUUUAGGAAGUGAUUUAGCAAACUUUCUACCGUUACUGCCAUUACUAUCAUUUUGAAUCCUUUUUUUAUAAUAUCUCCCUAUUAAUAUAUUAUGUUAGAAGACAGAAUAAAUUAGAAGAUCUAAAAGACUAAAACAGAAAUUUAGUAAAGGAAUCAGCGCUUAUGACUAUUUUAUAGUAGUAGAUUUAAAAUCAAAAUGAUUAAAAUGAAAUUUAAGCUAAAAUAUAUAAAAAGCUAUAUGCUGAUCAAUGUGAAAGAUUUCCUCUUGUAUUUAUUUUAAUAACUUUGGGAAAUUUUAUAUUAAAUGAAGUAAUAAUAAUUAUUAUAUAUUAUUAGAUUCUAUUAUUGUUGAGGUCUUGUCCAUAUCAAUAUCUCCAUAUUUCUUUCCUUAUAAAUAAUUAAAAUAGAGAUAAAGGUCUGUGUGAACCUUGA